CUUCCGUUGCUCUGAUCGCAUAUUUUAAAAAGAGAUAUGACUUUCAAAAUUACUUUUAUUAAAGUUAAAAUUAUACGUAAAAAAAAUUGUAUGUAAAAGAAUAGGUAUUAAAGGGCAGAUCAAAGUAGUUUUAAAUUAUUUAUCAGUUUAAUCGAAAAACUUGCAUUCUCUAAGAUGUACGGCAUGCACAAUUGUUGAAAUUUUAUGAACAUAGCUUAACUCAUUUAAAUCAAAUUAUAAAUUUAAAUCUAUAGGUUAUUGUGUUGUUAAAUAGUGGAUAUAAAAGGUAACUAUUUUCUGCAAUAAAAUUUAGUGGAACGAUAAGCUUCAUUCGAGUAACGUUGAUAGAUGACUGAUCUAGAUAUUUUCGUAGAUAACAUAAUCAAUUCUUGAUCUGCAUAUUGGAAAAUUCUUCAGAAAAUCGAUUUGAAGGAACAGAAAUGAUGGAAGUGCAAGUAAAAGCGGACGAUCAAGAAACAACUGUAGCGAAAAAGGAUUUGGGACUUGGAACAUCGAACGAAUAUUCGCCAAAUUAAACGCUAUCUUCAGUUGAAAACAUCGACAAAUUAACGACGGAAAAACUUUCUAUGUAAAUUCUUUUUAUAAACGGCGGCACAGGUUUUAUGGGAAAAAUGUUAAUUGAAAAAUUAUUACGAGGAUGCCCUGACAUAAACUGCAUUUACAUUUUGAUUAGUAGGAAAAAAGAUAAAAGUGUCCCUAAACGAAUGGAAAAAAUUGUCGAAAAUUCGUUAUUUAACACGCUGAGGAAGCAGCAGCCAGGAUUCCAAAAUCGCUUAGUAGCGAUCGAAGGUGACUGUAGUUUGCCGAAUCUCGGUAUUUCGAUAACCGAUAGAGCAAAACUCAUACGAGAAGUCUCUAUUGUUUUUCACGUUGCUGCUACUGUGCGAUUCAACGAGAAAAUCAAAUUGGCGGCAGCUAUUAAUGUUCAAAGUCUGAAGGAUAUAAUAUACUUAUCUAAGGAAAUGUCGAAACUAAAGAGUUUCGUCCAUGUAUCAACGGCUUAUGCCAAUUGUCUUCAAAAUCAGAUCGAGGAGAAAUUUUAUAAUCCAUCGAUGGAUGCUGACAAAUUCAUCGAUUUGAUGGAAUCUAUGGAUGAGAAAUUGCUCGAUGAUAUCUUACACCGCAGUAAGUCUAUCACCGAGUCUUGAUUUCACGAUUGUUUUCUCCCAUUAUAUUUCCACACAAUCGUAGUUGGCAUUUGUCGAGCGAAACGAUUAACUGAACACGUAUACAAUCUUCAAAAAUCUGAGUUACUUAUUAAGCAGAUUUCUUGGAUCCAACUUUCUUUUUUUUCAUCGAUCCUAUCGUCAUUGUUCUCGAUUCAUGUUUUUCACAUUAUUUGUAAUGUAAAAAUAAUAGAAAGUAGUUUGACAGCAUAAAAAAAUUUGGUAAGCGAUGCCUCGAUUUUUAAUGCUAUAAGAUAGGACACUCAUUCUCUCGAGAGAGAAUCAUUGUCGAAACAUGUCGAUGUUUACAAUUAUCUUUAAGACGAACUCAUAUUUGCGAUGAAUCGCUAAAUAUAAUCUUAGUACUCGGAGAUUUGACGACUACUGCGCUAAUUUUUGUGCCUGUGACAUAACGAAUAAUCAAAGGUAGGAUCAAUUAAUCAAGUUUAAUCGGAACAUUUUCGAUGAAACCAAAUGACGUUUAGAAAUAAAUUAAAUUACCGCGUAUUGUAAUCUUUCAGAUCUAUCGAAGAAAUUUCUAUUUAUAAUUACACAUUUAUGGAUAAUCCAAUCACUUUUACAGAAUUCAAUCAUCCAACCACUGUUAAGGAACUCAGAAAAAUGUUGAAUACAAAAUAUCGACCAAUUUAUUAUAUCUACACGUAUUUUUUACAAAUAGUACUAGUUGUUAUAAUCGAUAUGAUCUCUUUGAUUACGGAUAAGCUGCCAAGAUAUAUUUGUCUUAUCAUUUUUUAUAGAAAAAAUGUUUUAUUA